AUGAAAAUUCACAUUUUCAUGCUUAUUAUCGUCAUUUCAGCUUUCAGUAAUGUUGCUUUCUCAGCUCCUUCUAGUGAGAAACACUCAAGCUUGGUAAAAAGGCAAGAAUGUAUGUGUAUGUACGGAGUUGUAUGGAAUCAACCAUGGUGUUGCGAAUCUAAGUUUUACAAAGAUUGUCUAUAUUUCUGCAGUUCCUUAACUUCCAUUUUCAUGUUGGAAGCAAGAAAGAGAAAGCCUGUAACACAAAGUAACAAAGCUGAAGCAAUUCUACCAAUAAAAUUCGAAGCCGUAUUCUUGAAGGUAUUGGGAAGAUUGAGGGUAUUAUCGAUAUUAGGAUACGCUAGAGUAUCUGAUAGAUAG